AUGGAAGGAUACUCGAGGCUUCAGGUGCCUGGCACCUCUCCGAGGCCCGGCGAAGCAUCGCCAUCAUUCGCGCAGACCACCGCCGAGUUCAACAUGGACAGCGACCUCGAUCUCGACGAUGCGGAGGAAGACUUGCACCUCCACGAAGCAGAGCUCGGCAACGGCCAUGCAUACGAGCUCAAGCCCCUGAGGAAGUCACCCACGGAAGCUGAAGAUGAAUGGGCCGCUGAUGCGCCAUUGCAAAGGCGCAUGAGCUCCAGUACCGUAGCGAGCUUCCAACUAUAUACUCCGGAUGAAGAGGCUGCCGUUGUACGCAAGCUCGAUCGACGACUGGUGUUGUUCGUGGCGCUGCUGUUCAUGCUGAGCUUCCUGGAUCGGUCAAACAUCGGCAACGCGCGCAUAGCUGGCAUGGAUGAGGACCUACAGUCUAAGCCGCCAUGGGACGGAUGGUACCAGUGGACUUUGACGUCCUUCUACAUUUCGUAUAUCGCAUUCGAAUGGAUGUCGUUGCUGUGGAAGCUCAUCCCAGCCCAUAUCUACGUCUCCCUAAUCGUUCUGUCAUGGGGCCUGACGGCUUCUCUGCAGUCGAUAGCCGUCAACUAUCCCGCUCUCAUCGUCUUGAGGAUUAUGCUGGGUAUUGGUGAGGCAGGAUUCACGGGUAUCCCUUUCUACCUGUCCUUCUUCUUCAAGAGGGACGAACUAGCCUUGCGCACAGCCAUAUUCAUAUCAGCCGCGCCCCUGGCAACGACAUUCGCAUCAUCUCUGGCUUGGCUGAUUCUCAAAUUCGCCGAAUACGGGCCCAUCGCCCCUUGGCGGCUGCUCUUCCUAGUUGAAGGCUUCCCUUCGGUUCUUGUGGCUGUAGCCGCCUGGCAUAUCAUACCUGACUCCCCCGAAACGGCGUCAUAUCUCACCGCGCGGGAGCAGAAGGUGGCACAACUCCGAUUGCGGAACGAGAAAUCGCACCAGAAGAGCGGCAAGAAAGUUCGCGGUCUUGAGGGCCGCGAGGUGGCUGCCGUUCUCUGCGACCCCAUAGCCUGGCUGACCGCCGCCAUGUUCUUCCUUACCAACAUGGCGUACUCGUCCUUACCGGUAUUCCUACCCAAGAUUCUUACCGAAAUGGGCCACUCUCGCUUAGAGUCCCAAGCACUCAGCGCACCUCCUUACUUCCUGGCCUUCCUCGUCGUCAUGUUGACAGCAUACUUGUCGGACCGAUCUCAGAACCGGUCUGUUCCCAUAGUACUCCACGCUCUGGCGUCAGCCGGCGGGUACGCCGCACUCACGUUAUCAGAGCCAUUGGGUCUGCCUCCGGCACUGCGGUACUUGGCCAUAUAUCCCGCCGCCAUCGGAUUCUUCAACGUCGUGACGCUCACCAUUGUAUGGAGCAUCAACAACCAGGCGUCCGAAAGCAGACAAGGUGGUGGGUUCGCCCUGAUGCAAAUCAUUGGGCAGUGCGGACCGCUCGUAGGUACGAGGUUGUACCCUGAUCGUGACGCUCCUUUCUAUGCGUCCGGUAUGCAAACCUGCGCAUGCGCGAUGCUAGCCGUAGCCGUGCUGGCGCUAUCUUUGAGAUUCUACCUCAGUUAUCUCAAUCGAAAAGCCGAUGCGGCGUCGGCGGAUGGCGGUGAUACAGAAGAAGACCUAGGUCUCGUUGCCGGCAAGCGCUCAGCCAUAGCCAGCGACAACUUCAGGUACAUAUUGUGA